UCAAAAUGUGUUUGCGAAAGCAUUUUUUCGAUGAUCAGAUAGAAAUGGCAUGGAAAUGUAUUCGACCACCUCAAUUCAUUCCUGUGGUUAAAUCAGAAAAAAGUCCUGUUUGCUUUGUGGUCGAAAUUGAUGUGGUACCUCAUGCUGCUCUAUUAGAAGAUGAGGCGGUUUUUAUACGAGACUCAAAACCUGCUUACAACAAGCCAACUCUACUGAGGUUCAAAGAGGGGACUACAUUACCAGAGAUUCAAAAUGACGAACAAAUACGCAUGUACAUGAAAAUCAAACACAAACUUCACGAACAACGCAAAGAUCGGGAACAAAAGCCAAAGUCUGUCAAAAUGAAUGAAGAUUUGAGACAAAAAUUCCUUAAUGUAUUUUCUGGUGGAGACUCUUUCCUUGCUGACGAAACAUACAACAUACUUAUAACCAGCCCCGGUGAUGAAAGUUUGGAGAGCGAAAUAACGGAAAAUAAUAUGGAAUUUAUACAAGUCCUUGAUCCAUAUGCUGUAUUUGAUUUCAGUUCUUCCACAGAGCCCGAUUCGAUGUACAAUUACAUAGAAGAGAAAGGAGUAGCUUUAAAAGUUAUGACAACUGACAAUUUUGAUAAAGAAAGUGAUGAAAACAAGGUUGACUCCGAAAAGCACUUUGACCUCCUGGAAGAUCUUAGAAGUUCGACCAUGCAAACAUGGGUAUUUGCUAAUGGAUAUGACAGGAUGCAGAAAAAUGAAAUGGGUACCUAUGACUGGAAGCAGAAAAGAAGCGAGGGUUUCAAGGAGGCUUUGCGCUAUUGCUAUAAUGACAUCCCAAAGGGACGGUCAUUAGCAAUGUUUCUUUUGCUAUCAAAAAACUAUGACAUCAUGUUAGAAGCAGCUGAAGAGGUUCUUUCUAAAUCACACGGACACUGGGUUUUACUGGCGCCAACGCAAGAUAUUGCUACCAACUGGAUAGUAGAAUUACUUCAUAGAAAUAGUGUUGACAAAGAAACGAUCCGUGAGAGAUGCAUCAUAGGAAUGUCAUGGGAACAAGUAAACGAAAUGGUUCGUCAAGUUGUUGCUCCAGUGCAAAGUACCAUUUGUCAAAUACCACAUUCAAAUGGAGCAUAUUGUCCAGUAAAAAACAAAGUUCGAAAUGAACUUUGUGAUUUAGACAUACUCAGUCAACAGGAAUGUGAUGACAGCGAGGUACUGGAAGAUGAAGUGAAAAAGCACCAGCUAUACACAUCAGUUCAGGAGGCAUUCUACCACGGAGAGCAACCAAGUUGGUGGAACUACUGGUUUGGAGAAGAUCAAAUAUGCCGUCGAUCAAAGCACGACACUCUGAAACGAUAUGUGAUGGAAGCAUUGCAUAGGCGAAGCUUUGAAGAUGACAAAGUGGUUGUUGUAACCUUGAUACACCAACCUGGAUCUGGAGGCACGACAGCAGCAAGACAGAUUUUGUGGGAUUUAAAGAAGGAGUUCCGAUGUUGCGUCGUGAAAAAAGUCACAGACCAGACUUGUGAUCAAAUCAUUGCCCUGCGAAAUUACGAAGAAUCUAAUUCUGCAAAACCGCCACUGGUUUUACUAGAUAACUGCGACGAAGAAGGAGUAAUUCAUCUUCAUGCCGUUUUAGAAAGACGAGCUCGAGAAGCCUCCAUCCGAUCUGAGCAAAGCAUUGGAACCUACUGCGUCCUUUUAGUAUGUACCAGAAGAACCAAUUUACCUAAGUCGGUGAAAGAGCACACUGUUCUUAUCCGUCAGGAGCUGGAACAAAAGGAAUUGACAUGGUUUCAGAGAAAAGCAAGCGUAUUGGAACGACGAUUUCAAGAUAAAGAAGGCGUAAAUCCCAAGCUUCUUAUCUCAUUCAACAUUUUGAAAGAAAAUUUCAAUUUUGAAUAUAUCAAAGACAUAGUGAAGCAAUACGUCGAUGGCAUCGAGACACAAGAAGAAAAAGACUUGUUGCUGUAUCUGGCAUUAAUAAACACCUACGAUAUGGAUUUUCAACCUUUACCAAUCAGUGCAUUUGAUGCGUUAAUGAAAGAGAAAUAUGAAAUUAACGUACCUUUCAGAUACGGUCUAGCGCUAUCACAUCGACAACAGAAAAUAGAAAGUAAAUGGGAAAGAAAUCUCAGCUCAGAGUUGAAAGUACUGCUGAAUGUUUCAUCAAGAAGUGGACAAGGCAGUAACUUGAAAGCUCUAUCAAUCAUCAACCCUUUGUUUGCCAAAGAGAUAUUCCAAUAUCUUAAACAGGAAGCAAGUACUAGCUGUGUCAUGCUACAGUUCUUACAGUCUGCAGUUUUCAAACGAAAAAAUAGAUCUGUUAACCAGGCCGUGCGGGUAGUAAAAGAUGUAUUGAAGAAAAGAGAGCCACUAGAAAAUGGAAGGAGACAGAAGUUUUCAAGGAUUUUGACAGAAAUCAUGAGCGAAGAAGAUACUGAGAGAGCCGUAAGUGUCCUGAGGAAAGGCUUUGAGAUGACAGAGGAUCCCAUGAUUGCUCAACAAAUCGCGCGAUUGUACAUACACAGCAAAAAUUGGGGAAUGGCAACCAAGUAUGCAAUUAAAGCUACGCAACUCCGACCAAAUAACUCAUAUCUCUGGGAUACAUAUGGUCAAGUAUUCAAGGCACAAGUAUUAGAUAGAUAUGAAUCGUGCAUACUAAACGAGGCAUUGUCAAUUGAGGACACAUGCCACAUCAUCCAAGUUGCGAUGAAAGGAAUCGAGAAAUUUCACAAAGAGCAGAAUCAAAGUGAGCACGACAGUCAAGCAGCCCCAAAUGACCCUGGUUAUUUUGGAGAAGUAAAGCUCAUCAUCUUACUGAUGAAGGUUUUGAAUUAUUCACCUUUUGAUAAAGACGUAUUGCACCGAUUUGUGGUUGAAAGGACUUUCGAAUCAGCUGCACUCUCAGGUUUAGAUGAUGAAAGCAGAGAUGUUCUAAAAAAGCUGCAAGGAUUCACUGAAAGAGCAAUGAGAAAAAUUGAAGAAAGACCAUCACAACUGAAGGAAAAUGUCACCACUUCAAUUUUCCGGGACAAAAAAGGUUUACCCGAUGAAGGUUUGGCAAUUUUGCGGGAGAAUGUAGAUAUGCUUUUUGGAGAAUGCACAGACGUUGUACCGCCACAUCUUUCUCCUAUGGAAAGUGCAGACUUCAGAAGAAGAAGAGUAAAACGACUUGGUGGGCGAUCAUUGUCCACGUUGUUGAGAUGCUUGCGACAAGACAAUCGAAGUUGUUUACGGCAAAUGGAGAUCAUGUUUACCCACUUGAAAAAAAAUGUAGUAUCGGAUUGUACGGAAACAUUUGACACCGUUAUGCUCAUCAGCGUUGCUUUAGCAAUGAGGAUCCACAACAAAAACGAGAGCAUAGCGACCAAAGUUCCCCAUAUCCUGGACCUGACAAAACGCAUGUAUGACACUGAAUGUAGGUCCAAGAAUACGUUUCCUUAUCUAGAGGUUUUCUUAUACCUUGUGAUGUUCCAUUGGCCAACGCCAAACAGAAGAGGGAAAAACAUAUGUCCAGUUGGCACGAUUCGCGAAGCCAUUAAAAGGUGGAAGCUAGCUUUUCAAACAAAUCACCCACGACAAAGAGAUGAAGGUAACCCUCACAGGAAAAAAGAAACAACAUAUUUCUUUCUCGGAAAGGACCAUGAAAGUGACGAAAUUGUCUAUUAUGAGGAACUUCACAAUCGCCAUGGUAGUGUGUACUUCAAGGGUGACGAGAUAUGGCAAGAUCCAAAUGUCGUACAUAAGCUUCAGCGCCUGGAAGGAACUUUAGUUGGAGAUGGUUUGGAGGUUCUGAUAAGGAUAGAGACAGAAUCCGGUAACAAAGAAGCUUUGACUGUACCAACAGCGUUGCCAAUAGGUCAAAGGUCACUUUGGCAAAAGAAAGUUUUUUUCUACCUUGGAUUCUCUUGGGCCGGUCCGAAGGCAUACGAUGUGUCAUCAGACGAUCGUCAAAGUCUGAUUCCCAAAACAACACAGAGCCACGGUCGAGUAGGGGUGACUCGUCUUAAAUCACAGCCAAUUCUUCUCGAUCCAACUCAGAGAAUUGAGGAAAUAGGCCGACGUUUAAGAAAGAUAGAACAGCUGAAGAAAAUGAAGAAUCAUAGUAAAAGAGAGGAGAAUGAAUUGGGCCAGGAAAAAGCUCUUCGAUCGGAGUUACAGAAACUCCUUCCUGCUGUUGAGGACAUGUUUGGAGGAAAUUAACAAAAUGAAGCGUGCCAAGUGAUUUGGUGUUACAUUCAAGGAUGGAUUGAGACAAUACAUCACUUGGCAAACCAAACGUAGAGAACGGAUAGUAUCUUUGUCAUCGCGGCUGUAUAAUAUAUUUUCAGAUUAACAAUUCAUGAUUCACAACAUUAACUGGAAGUGUUGAUUGGCAUUUUAUUUUAUCUAGUCAUCGCCGUUUAUCUAUCUUAACAAGCAGUUUAGAUCAUCUAACCCGAAACCAUCGUGCUUCGUCCGAGGUCGUGCGCCGUGCCUUAAAGAAUCCCAAGAUGCCAUAGAUAGUCCUGAUCAAGUGUUGUUAUUUUACUGGUAGGCCAUUUUCAAAUUGUUCUUAGUACCUUUAUACUGCUAGUGAGUACACUAGUACAUGUAGCAUCUUUAUAGUCAGAUGACUGUUAAAGCAUAUAGGUUUCUUAUAAAACCAUGAGUUAUGAUGGUCGUGAUGAAAAUAAUAAUAAUAAUAAAAAAUAAUGUGAUACUUUAUCUUCAACAGUCAUUGCAAAUUCAUUUCUGCAGCUUUAUUUUUCCAGUGAUAUGCAUUUUUUUCUAUUUUAUUAUUUUUUGUUAUCUCUCUUUCUAUAUGUAUCAUGAAAUCCAAACUCAUGAACUUUUAAAUAAAAUAUAAUGAAUAUAUACAGUUGCUCCGUAUU